UUAAAUUCUCACUAAUCUUCUUCAAUCUCAAUUUCUCAACAAAAUCUAAAAUUCUUCACCCAAGAAUCAAAAAAAAUACUCCAGAAGGAUUGUGGAGUGAUUGAGAUUUGAGAGACAAAUAGGCCAUGCAUGAAUCGUUGUUGUGUAAACUAAUUGCUGAUUUAGGUGGGAUUUGUCUUACAUGACAAUUGUUGAGAAAAGAAGAAUCUGUGGAUAGAUGAAAUCCAUGGCGACUUCAUCUUCUUCUUCCUCCAAAGCCUCGCUCUCCCCGAAUCACCCUCCCCACUUCACUCCGAUUGAAGAGGGCAACGAGGAAGAGGAAUUCUCACAGGCGAGGAUGAGUUACAGAGCAACUCCCGCCAGCGACUACAUGGAGAAACGAGACAGCGAUUACACGCACUUCCCGACGCCGCUGAAUUCCGAGAGGAGCCGCCGAAGCAGCAGCAGCAAAACGGCGAGGCAGGAGAGUGACGAGGCGAGCGGCGUGUCGUGCAACAAGUGCAGGCCUAGCAAUAGGGAGAGGUUGUCGGUUGUUCCGUUGGAGGGCAAGCUUUCGAUGGCUAGCCCCAACGGCAUUUUCAAAUCUGUUUUAGCCUCUCUCGCGCUCAAGCGGAGCCCUAAGUCGUCUGAGCGGGAGGAGCACUGGAAGAUCGCGGUGGCGGAGCUCUCCAAUAAGCUCACCCAGGCGACCCGGCGCCGCGACGAGGCCGUUCUAGAAGCUUCCAAGCUCAAGUACUCCAUGGCCGACCUCGAGAAGAAGCUCAACAAGCUCGAAAUCUACUGCCACAGCUUGAAAUCCGAGCUCGAAACCUGCAAUUUCAAUAACAACCAGCAGCAUAAAUCGAUGAAUUACAAGCAAAUCAAAAUGGGGGAUCCCUCAAAAGUGAUCGAGCAUUUCUUGGUGUCGGUUUCGGAGACGCGGACUUCGGUCCGUUUCUUGGGCCGGGCCCUGGGCCUUCAGCUCCGACAGAUGGGCCCGAAAGUAUACGACCGGAUCGCUAUGCUUCUGCAGCCUUACGACAUCAAGAUUUCCAUGUCGAGGAACCCUCGGGCGCUGGUGUUGUACCUGGAGGCCUUGCUGAACAGAGCAUUCUUCGAGGAUUUCGAGUCGGCCGGAUUCCACAAGAGCGGGCCGAGCCCGAUUCUGAACCCCAUCGACCGCUGCGAAUCCAACUUUGCCAUGUUCAGCCGGCUGCAGGAGCUCACGUGGGAGGAGGUCCUCAACAAAGGGACCAGGCAUUUCAGUGAGGAUUUCAGCAAGUUCUGCGACCGGAAGAUGAGCGACAUUGUGGCUCUCUUGGGCUGGAAUCGGGCCUGGCCUGAACCCCUCUUGCAGGCCUUUUUCGUGGCCUCCAAGGCCGUGUGGCUCGUGCACCUUCUGGCUAACUCGUUACACCCGGGGCUGCCCAUUUUCCGGGUCGAUAAGGGGGUCGGGUUUGACCCGGUGUACAUGGAGGAUAUGGGCGGGGACAAGGCUAGGAAGCUCGUCCCCGCCAUGGUUCGGAUCAUGGUCACUCCCGGUUUCUAUGUGUACGAUAACGUCGUUAAGUGCAAGGUGCUAUGUAGGUAUUAUAACAAUAACGGAGUUAGUGCUAGCCAUAUCUUGGACCUGGGCUUCACCCCAUCCCCGUCCUAGCCUACCAAUCGAAACCAAAUCCAAUAGGGAAAAGCUUUUUUUUUAUUGUCGAUUAGCGAAAAGGUAGGAUUUGGACAAUGAGCAUAUUUUGAAAUUGGAGGGGAAUACCGAGGUGGGGAGUUUUUUAUUGUUGAUACAAUUAGCAAGUGGAAACUACAAUGUUUGGAGUUAUGUUAUUGUUUCUGUGUAUUGACUCGUUAGUUGGUCAAUUUUGCUGCUGGAUUCUCUU